AUGGAUUUGACGUGGUUGAGUGCUCUAAUUGUUGGGGCUGCACUUGGAUUCUGCAUUGGCACUCGUCGUUCCAAACCUGUUGUUGUGCCUAGUAAUGAUGGAGAUAGCAAAAAUAAUCCAAAGGGUCUUCUCGAGAUCGAGAAACUCGCUGAUAUCCUCGAUGAUUUCAAAAUGGUUUUGGUUGUGAGGAAUGAUCUUAAAAUGGGUAAAGGGAAGAUUGCAGCUCAAUGCAGUCAUGCAACUUUAGGAUUAUACAAGAAGCUCGUUCGCCGAGCGCCAAAGGCAUUGGACAGCUGGGAGGAAUGUGCACAGCCAAAAGUGGUUGUGAAAAUCGAGGGCGAGGAAGAGAUGCUCGAAUUGCAAGAAAGAGCUAAAUCCCUUAGACUGCCUACCCAUAUCACCAUUGAUGCUGGAAGAACGCAGAUCGCUCCAAAUUCAAGGACAGUUAUGGCUAUUCUUGGACCAGUCGAAGUUGUUGAUGAAGUAACAGGUGGACUAAAGCUUCUGUAG